UUGGGAGCAGAUUUGCCUUCCCAGCCCUAACCAACUCCUUAAGACGAGGAACCUGUGUGGGGUUAGGUCUGAACUAGGGCUGUUACGGAGCCACCGGGCCAGCCUCAGCAAAGCCGAGACCCUGUGGGAGAAGCCGCUGCGACCGCGCCGCUAGCCAUCAGCCUACAAAGACAUGGCCACCAGUGCUAGCCCCUUGCACCCAUACUGGCCUCGGCACCUGAGACUGGACAACUUUGUGCCUAAUGACUACUCUACCUGGCAUCUCCUGGCUGGCCUCUUCUCUGUCUCUGGGGUCUUAGUUGUGACCACAUGGUUGUUGUCUGGACAUGCUGCGGUCAUCCCACUGGGGACUUGGCGGCGACUCUCCCUGUGCUGGUUUGCAGUGUGUGGGUUCAUUCACAUGGUGAUUGAGGGCUGGUUCAGCCUCUACCACGAGGACCUUCUUGGAGACCAAGCCUUCCUGUCUCAACUCUGUGAGUCUUGAGUUCUUUCAUACAGCCGAUAUAUCCUAAAUGACAACUUCAUGAUAUGCAUGGAGACUAUCACGGCUUGCCUGUGGGGACCACUCAGCAUUUGGAUAGUGAUCGCCUUUCUCCGCCAGCAGCCCCUCCGCUUUGUCCUACAGCUUGUGGUCUCUGUGGGUCAGAUCUAUGGGGAUGUGCUCUACUUCCUGACGGAGCACCGCGAUGGAUUCCAACAUGGAGAGCUGGGUCACCCGCUCUAUUUCUGGUUUUACUUUGUCUUCAUGAACGCUCUGUGGCUGGUGCUGCCCGGAAUCCUCGUGCUUGAUUCUGUGAAGCAGCUCACCCAUGCCCAGAGCCUGCUGGAUUCCAAAGCCACAAAAGCCAAAAGCAAGCAGAACUAAUGAGUGAUGGACUAGGCUUGAACAUUGGCUGGUGAUGAGCUCUCCAUCUACCAGAAGAGUCUAGUCCUUGCUUCCACAGGUUAGAGGGACAAAGCAAGUUGAUCUGUCAGACUCGGGCUGAUGGGUUGGUACCAAAAGGACCAGAGACAGGGGGAAGAAAGGAGUGUGGAGCUAUUGCCAGGAGCUAUUGGAACAAAGGUCCAAGAGAACCUAGGAGGUCCAUGGUGGCCGCCAUUUUUUAAAUCAAUAAAUAAAAGGUCUUGACUCUA